CUGGUCAGUCAUGCAGGGUUCACCCCGAAGGCGCUCGGCAGUGAGUAUUUUCAGCAGCUUUUUCCAGGGUCGGAGGCAUUCUUCCUCCGAUCCCCUUCUGCGUAUGAUCCAGAGGCGCCGGAGCUCAGUUGUAGAGGUGCUCUCAUCAUCGACUCACCGGGUUAUGGUGGCGGUAUCGUCUCUCAGCCCUGAGGAGCUGGAUGCAACUUUUCCUGAAAAAAAAAGAAGUUUGAGGCGUCCAGCACCAAAAUAUACUAAAGUAGGGGAGCACCUUCGCCAUGUCAUUCCUGGUCCCGUGCAGUGUUCAGUGGGGUGUGGUGGCCGUGCUUGCAAGUAUGAAAAUCCAGCUCGAUGGAGUGACCAGGAGCAAGCCAUUAAAGGGGUCUACUCCUCUUGGAUAACAAAUAACAUACUGGCUAUGGCUCGACCCUCAACAGAAUUAAUUGAAAAGUACAACAUUAUUGAACAGUUUGAAAGAUGUGGCAUAAAAACCAUAAUUAACCUUCAGCGUGCUGGGGAGCAUGCGAGCUGUGGGAAUCCUCUGGAGCAAGAAAGCGGCUUCACCUACCUUCCUGAAGCUUUCAUGGAGGCUGGAAUUUAUUUUUAUAAUUUUGGAUGGAAGGAUUAUGGAGUGGCAUCUCUCACCACUAUACUUGAUAUGGUAAAGGUCAUGGCUUUUGCGUUGCAGGAAGGGAGGGUAGCUGUUCAUUGUCACGCAGGACUUGGGCGGACAGGUGUUCUAAUAGCUUGCUACUUAGUUUUUGCAACAAGAAUGAGUGCUGAUCAAGCCAUUAUUUUUGUCAGAGCAAAAAGGCCUAAUUCUAUUCAGACUAGAGGACAGUUGUUAUGCGUCAGAGAAUUCACCCAGUUUUUGGUUCCUCUGAGGAAUGUAUUUGCGUGCUGUGAGCCCAAGGUGCACACAGUGACACUGUCCCAGUACCUGACCCGUCAGAGACAUCUGCUCCAUGGUUAUGAGAGUAGGCAUCUCAAACACGUGCCAAAAAUUAUUCAUCUAGUUUGCAAAUUGUUGGUAGACUUGGCUGAAAACAGACAGGUGAUAGAGGCAGAAUUGUUAGAUAUACCAGAUCUCUCUGCUGAAAUUGAAAAGACUCUCUCUCAGUUGAUGUCCACACAGCUAGAUACAGAGCUUGCAAGGCAGGACAGUGACACGUCAGAGUCCUCCCACACCCACUCGUCCACUUUUGAGACCCGGGAUUCUCUUUUUUCCCUGCGACACGAAUGUGAUCCUCUUUGGAAAAGAAGGAAUGUUCAGCCUCUUACUCAUAUGAGAAGACGUCUAAGCUAUAGUGACUCAGAUUUAAGGAGAACUGAAUUUCUUUUAGAACAAGGAGAAACUGCGUGGACAGUACCUGCUCAGAUAUUACUGUGCAACAAACAUAAGCGGAACAGUGGUGAGGAAUGUUCUGCCCCAGGCGAACAAAAGCCACAGUUGGAUAUAAACAAAGAAGCAUUAGUGCGUAAUACAUCCAUGUUCUGGAGUCAAGGUAAAUUUAAUUUGGAUGGACAAAGAGAUGGAUCCUUGCAUUACCACGGAAGGAACUCUACCAAAGAAGUACAACGCAGCAGAACCUUUUCUUCAGGUCUAGCAUCUAUCCACAACACCAGGGAGCCUGGAAAGCCAAGGCAGAACUUUACCAGUGAGGUUGGUCAUAGAAAAGACUGCAAGACUAAUAUGUAUAGCAGGAGAGUCUAUGUCUCUGAGGACUCUGACUCUUCUUCUUCUAAAGUGCACUUUUCCAUUGGAUAUGAAAGCCAAGGCAGCAAAAACGUGUCAGAGGCAAUUCCACACAUUGUUCUACAAUCAGAAUUAAGUUUGGAAGCCCGAAGAGUUUUGGCAGCAAAAGCACUUGCAGAUAUAAAUGAAUUUCUGGGAGAGGAUGAAGUGAAGCAGAAGGUAGAAAUGUGGCAGAAAGAACUGAAUUCUCGAGAUGGAGCUUGGGAUAAAAUCUGUACAGAGAGAGACCCUUUUAUUCUCUGUAGCUUGAUGUGGUCCUGGAUAGAACAGCUGAAAGAACCUAUUAUAUCCAAAGAUGAUGUUGACAUGCUGGCAAAAAAUGGCACAGAAUCACACGAUGCACUUUACUUACUGAGAAAGGAACAGUGUCAGACUAUCCUUUGUAUUUUACACUGUGUGGUGAACUUGCAGAUGCUACCAGCUGAUGUGGAAGAGGCCUUAUUUGCUCGUGCUAUUAAAGCUUUCACUAAGACAAGCUUCGAUUCUGAAAACGGACCAUAUGUUUACGAUACCCUGAAAAAAGUAUUUAAACAAACACUGGAAGAAAAAAGAAAAAGGCUGAAGGAAGAAACAGAGAAUCCCUCGUGA